GUCUCCCACUGCCAGUCAGACGCUUGCUCUGCCUCAGAGAGUUGUCAGAUAGGGACUCUUCGGGCUCUUCAGUUUUAAACUCACCUAAGCUGUGUGUGUGGAGCAAAUCAUUCAGCAGGAACCCAAGCAAGAGCGAGAGAGCGCGCAAAACCUCACUCCACUGUCAGUGCGCGCACAUCACAUUAUUCAUGUGAAAUAAGACAGAGGGACGCUAUUGGAUGCUUUCAUUCACACAACCUAAGACUGGAUUUUUAGUUUUUUACAUUUUGAGAAGACAAAUAGACACUAUCUAAAUCCUCCGCGUCGUUGGUGUCUGUGGAUUUAUAGCGGGUUUGGAGUCGCGCUCACGAGCAGAGCGCGAGACACGGAGACGCUCAUCAAAGGAAAGCAGCGCUGGACUUUGAAUCCGAAGAGUAUAGGCUACUCUUACCCUUGCACAUAUCUGUCUGUUGGUUUGAUUUUUUAAAUGGAUUUACCAGCUUAACUCAGACUUUCCCAAAAGUUGCUUAUUGGAUUUCCAAGGAUAAAGUAUUGUGAAUCUGUAAGGGGGGGGAAAGGACACAUGAGUAUCUCGAGGGCCACCGCGAUCCAAGGGCACUGAGUACUGCCUUAUCGAACCCAUAGGGACCGGGCAAAGUGCACACGAAAAUAGGUUUGAGGUUGCCAAUGCCUGGAGUCAGCAUUUGAAGCUGACCAGCUGUCUUCCACACACACACACACAAACAUAACCUCAGCAAGAUGUUGAGCAUCUUUAAGGUUUUCAUUACCAUCUGCUUCACGGAACUGGCGUUUUCAAGAAGCGUAACAUCUAGGGAAGUCCGGACAAAAGUUUCUCGACCAACUCUUAUUCCUGGUUUUCCUGAGAAUGCCACUGUGUUAGUUGGAGGACACGUGAAACUGGUGUGUAAACUCCAGCAGCCAGCCUCAACACGUCUCCAGUGGUUCAAGAAGGACAGCAAUCGCCAGGGGCCUGAUGGAUCGCCGUUUUUUACAGCGCUUACGCCUCUUCUUGAGAACGUCUCCAAAGUCAACAUUCUUCCUUUAGUGAAUGUCUCCGUGAAAGAUGCUGGAGAGUACGUAUGCAAGGCGGAAAACUCAGUCGGUCAAACAACGCGCUCUGCCUGGCUGGAAGUCUUACCAGUUUCAGAGGAGCCAACUGAGGAACCAUCAGAGCAUCUCCUUCUAGAGCUUGGAGAUGCACUAAAGCUCCGCUGCGACACGAACCGUCCUGGAGCGGUCCAGUGGUUCAAGGGUGGCGUGCGGGUCCAACACAACGCUCGUAUCCAGAUACGGGCAGCCGUCAUGGAGAUUGCGGAUGCCACCUAUGAAGAUUCAGGAGUGUAUGUGUGUGUGCUGCGGGACACCAAAGAGGCUCUACGCAACUUCACUAUCACAGUGGCAGAUGCUGUAGGAUCAGGAGAUGAUGAUGAGGACAAUGGUAUUGAAGACUCUAGUCCUGAGAUUGAAAAUGACCAGGUCUACAUCUCCAGAGCACCAUACUGGACUCUUACUCAAAGGAUGGAGAAGAAGCUCUACGCCGUCCCAGCUGGAAACACCGUCAAAUUUCGCUGCCCCGCCACAGGGAACCCUCUUCCCACCAUUCGCUGGCUAAAGAAUGGCAGGGAAUUCAGAGGAGAGCACCGGAUCGGAGGCAUCAAGCUUCGACAUCAACACUGGAGCCUGGUCAUGGAGAGUGUGGUCCCCUCGGACCGUGGGAACUACAGUUGUGUGGUGGAGAACAAAUAUGGCUCCAUUGCUCACACCUACCUCUUGGACGUGUUGGAACGCUCUCCACACAGACCCAUCCUCCAAGCUGGUCUACCCAAGAACAUCACCGCUGUAGUGGGUGGAGAUGCCCAGUUCCUGUGUAAAGUCUACAGUGAUGCCCAGCCUCACAUCCAGUGGCUAAAGCACAUAGAGAUGAACGGCAGCCGUUACGGGCCUGAUGGCAUUCCUUAUGUGAAGAUCGUGAAGACCGGAAGCUUGAACAUGUCUGAAGUGGAAGUCUUAUAUCUGACCAAUAUUACAAUGGAGGAUGCUGGGGAAUACACCUGCUUGGCGGGAAACUCUAUUGGAUUCUCUCAUCAGUCUGCUUGGCUCACAGUCUUAUUAGAGGAGGACGUGGCCAAGGAGAUUGACCUCACGGAGUCCAAGUACACCGACAUCAUCAUCUAUGCAUCUGGCUUCCUGGCACUGGUGAUGGCCAUCGUUAUCGUGGUCCUCUGCCGCAUGCAGGUUCAUCCCAGUCGGGAGCCUUUCGAUACGCUCCCAGUGCAGAAACUCUCCAAGUUUCCUCUUCGCAGACAGUAUUCUGUGGAGUCCAAUUCUUCUGGAAAGUCAAGUGCGUCACUGAUGAGAGUGGCUCGUCUGUCCUCCAGUUGUUCCCCGAUGCUAGCUGGGGUUAUGGAGUUUGAACUGCCGUAUGACCCUGACUGGGAGUUUCCAAGAGAGAAUUUGACGUUAGGGAAACCGCUUGGAGAGGGCUGUUUUGGUCAAGUGGUGAGAGCCGAGGCUUAUGGGAUAAACAGAGAAAAUCAAGAUCAAAUGGCAACUGUAGCAGUUAAAAUGCUGAAAGAUGACGCAACUGACAAAGACCUGGCAGACCUCAUCUCUGAGAUGGAGCUCAUGAAGGUGAUGGACAAGCACAAGAACAUCAUAAAUCUUCUUGGUGUUUGCACACAGGACGGUCCACUUUACGUGCUGGUCGAAUAUGCGUCUAAGGGUAGCCUACGGGAAUACCUCAGAGCUCGUCGACCUCCAGGCAUGGACUACACCUUCGACGUGACCAAGGUUCCUGAGGAGCAGCUCACCUUCAAAGAUCUGGUCUCCUGCGCCUACCAAGUGGCAAGAGGCAUGGAGUACCUGGCCUCCAAAAGAUGCAUUCACAGAGAUUUAGCAGCAAGGAAUGUUCUCGUGACCGAGGACAAUGUGAUGAAAAUCGCUGAUUUUGGUUUGGCGAGAGGAGUGCAUCAAAUCGACUACUACAAAAAAACCACUAAUGGACGUCUGCCAGUGAAAUGGAUGGCACCAGAAGCCUUGUUUGACAGAGUCUACACACACCAGAGCGAUGUCUGGUCCUUUGGAGUCUUGAUGUGGGAGAUUUUCACCCUGGGGGGAUCGCCGUACCCUGGGAUACCGGUGGAGGAGCUGUUCAAGCUGCUGAAGGAAGGUCAUCGAAUGGACAAACCGUCCAACUGCACCCAUGAACUCUACAUGAAGAUGAGAGAGUGCUGGCAUGCGGUUCCAACACAAAGACCGACAUUCAAACAGCUCGUGGAAGAGCUCGAUAGGGUCCUGGUGUCCAUUUCAGACGAGUACCUGGACCUAUCCACCCCGUUCGAACAGUACUCCCCAUCUUGCGAGGACACCUCCAGCUCUUGCUCUUCAGACAAUGAUUCAGUGUUUACCCAUGAUGCUUUGUCGACUGUCCCAUGCCUCCUCGGCUACCACGAUGUGCGCUCUCGGAUGGACCUGAAGACGACGAUGCGAUAAAGUGGGACGAGGAUUUCCACCUCUGUUGUUAUGCCUAAGAACAUUAUAACGAUGCUUGGCACUAUGAACUACUCAUUUUCACUCUCAUAUCAUCAGUUUUUAUUGAACGGGUGCUGCUAGAUGUAGGACGCCAUGUUGGAGCGGCACACGGGAGCAUUUUCAAACCCGAUUUUUUUUUUUUUUUAUUAAAAAGAGAACAUUUAUUUUGAUAUUAAAAGCGAAUAGCGUUGAUAAAUAUAAAUCUCUCUCUAUAUAAAAUUAUUUUACAUUUUUUUAUUUAAAAAAAAACAAACAACUGUCUUAAAUCUCAGGAUCUUGCAUGUUGUAGUGGCGGCAAAGUGCCUGAAUUUCCUGUGAAUAUCUUAAAAUAUUUUAUGUACAUAUCACAAUUACAUUUUAUAAAUUAUUCUAAAUGAUAUAAAGUGAAGGUGAAGAAAUUAUGUAAAUCUAUUCUGAAGCGAUCCCUGACACAUUUACAAUAGCUAUUGUUCGCUGCUCGUACCAUUGUACACUGUCAAGGCUAAACCUCUGAGCACUCGACUUCCUGUUGUUCUGUUCAUUUCAUGCCUCGCCGUUUGGUUUGUCGUGGUCAGCGACGCUUCAAUCGCCAGUACUGUACGGAAGAAAAGGACUCGACUGAAUGUGAAAUGCCUUGAUAUUGAUUGAUUUCAAAUGGUGAAUCCUCCAUUGUUUGGCUGCAACCUUCCAACCACCCCGGCUUGUUUUGCGGGAUAGGCCGAGGUGGACAAUGGUCUCAUGCGGCUGUAAUGUGUGUGUGUGUGUGUGUGUGUGUGUGUGACUGCUGGCUAGGGUGAUUGGGGGGCUGUGUGCAAAUGAGAAAGCCCCUUAUUAUGCUAAUGGCUCCAGCUGCCCAUCUUUAUCCUGCACUAUCUUUUAAUAUACAAAUGCUAAUGCUGGCCUUUCUAAACAAACUCUGCAAUGUCCUUCAGGGAAUGCAAAGCCUCAUCCCACAAGCUGAUAAGAAGCCAAUGGCUUUUCUCAAGUUAAUUUACCCAGUGUACUUUGCAUUCUCAGCCAGGGACGCACGGCUCCCUUUGGGCCGUAUUUCUGGGACAAUUGGUGGUCCGUUUCCCCAAUGAGAGCAACUUUGAUAACUUCGUUUCAGGCAGCUACAGGGAUGUUUGACCUCUAAAUGAGAAAGAAACUCUUAAGCAGUCCCAUGACACCUCCAAAAAAUUGAUAAAACACGUGACAUUCCAUUUGUGUAUUCCCCUUUGUAACAAUCGAUGCUAUUAUAAAUUUCCCCUCUAAAGAAUUAUUUUAGAAAUAUUUAAUUUAUUUGUUUAUUGUUUGUUUUAUAUUAAAUAAAGUAUAAUUUAAAAA